AUGAAGAAAUUAGGAAAUGAAUCAUCGUAAUAGUUGAAGCUCAAGCUAGAGCUCUUUUUACUAUUUAAAUGUCCUCCUCUCAGUUCCAAAGCUUCACGGAUAAGCGAGUUCCUUUUCAUCAUCUCAAUCCUUAUUCUUUUCCGAACCCACAAACCCACAUGCCACCCAGAAGCUAUUCACCCAUUUCACUUUCUCUUGGAAUGCCAGAUACCCAGCUUUUUUCUUCUACUCCAUUUUCCCCACCAAGAUUUUCUCCAUGCUUUCACCCUUUGGAUAACUUGGGUGAGAUACGGACUUUGAAUUCUGUUAGGGAAUUGCAUGCCCAGAUGUUGAAAACACCAAAUAAGGGAAGCUUUGUUACAAUGGAUGGAAGCAUGAUAAGAUACUACUUUGAGUUUGGAGAUUUUAUCUCAGCAAUAAAGGUAUUCUUUGUGGGUUUUGCAAGGAAUUAUUUUCUAUGGAAUUCUUUUCUGGAGGAAUUUGAGAGUUUUGGAGGUGACCCACAUGAGAUUCUGGUUGUCUUUAUGGGAUUACAUAAAAAAGGAGUGGAAUUUGAUAGCAAAGCUCUCACUGUUGUUCUGAAAAUUUGCUUAAUUUUAAUGGAAUUGUGGGUUGGGUUGGAAAUUCAUGCUUGUAUGGUCAAGAGAGGCCUCAAUGUUGAUUCACACUUGAGUUGUGCAUUGAUUAAUUUAUAUGAGAAGUGUUGGAGUAUAGAUUGUGCAAAUCAAGUAUUUCAUGAGACCCCACACAAAGAAAAUUUCUUGUGGAAUACAAUAGUUAUAGCAAACUUGAGGAGUGAGAGAUGGGGGAAUGCCUUAGAACUGUUCCGUAGUAUGCAAUCAUCUUAUGCCAAAGCCACUGCUGGUACCAUAGUUAAGUUGCUGCAAGCAUGUGGAAAAAUCAGAGCUCUCAAUGAAGGGAAGCAGAUUCAUGGGUAUGUUUUAAAAUUUGGAUUAGUUUCAAAUACACUGAUUUGCAAUUCCAUAAUUAGCAUGUACUCUAAAAACAAUAGACUCAAACUAGCUAGAGCAGUUUUUGAUUCGAUGGAGGAUCGUAACUUAUCAUCUUGGAACUCAAUAAUUUCAAGUUAUGCAGCUGAGGGCUGUUUGAAUGAUGCCUUGGAUUUCUUUCAAGAAUUAAAGUCUUCCAGCAUUAAACCAGACAUUAUAACUUGGAAUUCUCUUUUGUCAGGCCAUCUUCUUCAGGGGUCAUAUGAAAUGGUUCUCACCAAUUUCCGGAGCCUGCAAAGCGCAGGCUUCAAGCCAGAUUCAUGCUCGGUAACUAGUGCUCUACAAGCAAUUAUUGAAUUGGGUUUCUUUAGUUUUGGGAAGCAAAUCCAUGGUUACAUAAUGAGAAAUAAGCUUGACUAUGAUGUCUAUGUUUGUACUUCAUUGGUGGAUAUGUAUAUUAAGAAUGAUUGCUUAGAUAAAGCUCAAUCAGUGUUCCAUUAUACAAAGAGCAAAAAUAUUUGUGCUUGGAAUUCAUUGAUAUCAGGGUAUUCCUUCAAGGGCCAGUUUAUUGAUGCUGAAAAACUAAUGAACCAGAUGGAGGAGGAAGGGAUAGAGCCUGAUUUGGUGACAUGGAAUAGUUUGGUUUCGGGUUAUUCAAUGUGGGGCCGUAGUGAGGAAGCUUUGGCUGUGAUCAAUCGGAUCAAGAAUUUGGGAUUUACUCCUAAUGUGGUGUCCUGGACUGCUAUGAUAUCAGGUUCUUCUCAGAAUGAGAAUUACUGGGAUGCCCUACAGUUUUUCAGCCAAAUGCAAGCAGAAAAUGUAAAACCUAACUCUACUACUAUUUGCAGCUUACUUCGUGCGUGUGCAGGCCUAUCGUUGUUAAAGAGAGGAGAAGAGAUACACUGCUUCUCUAUGAAAUUUGGGUUUUUGGAUGACAUAUAUAUAGCCACAGCCCUCAUUGACAUGUAUAGUAAGGCAGGAAAAUUAAAAGUGGCCCAUGAGGUUUUCAUGAGAAUUCAGGAGAAAACACUACCAUGUUGGAAUUGCAUAAUGAUGGGAUAUGCUACUUAUGGCCAUGGGGAAGAGGUAAUGAUGCUUUUUGCCAACAUGUGCGAAACAGGUAUAAGACCUGAUGCUAUAACCUUCACUGCUCUUCUAUCUGGCUGCAAGAAUUCAGGUUUAGUUGAUGAAGGGUGGAAGUACUUCGACCGUAUGAUGACAGAUUACAAUAUUAUUCCGAGAAUUGAGCACUACUCUUGCAUGGUAGAUCUUCUUGGCAAAGCUGGUUUUCUUGAUGAAGCUUUGGAUUUCAUCCAAACUAUGCCAAUAAAGCCAGAUGCUAGUAUUUGGGGUGCUCUUCUUGCGUCCUGCAGAAUUCACAAAGACAUUAACUUGGCAGAGAUUGCCGCAAGGAAUCUUUUCAAGUUGGAACUAUAUAAUUCUGGUAACUAUAUAUCGAUGAUGAAUAUAUAUUCCUCUUUAAACAAAUGGGAGGAUGUGGAACACCUUAGAGACUCAAUGAUUGCCUUGGGGUUGGAAAGGCUUGAUGUCUGGAGCUGGACACAAGUUAAUCAAACCAUUCAUGUGUUCUCCACAAAAGGGAAACCACAUCCAGAAGAAGGGGAAAUAUAUUUUGAGUUAUAUCAAUUAAUUUCUGAAAUACAAAAACUGGGAUAUGUACCUGAUGUCAGUUGUGUAUAUCAGAACAUUGAUGACAAUGAGAAGGAGAAGGUUCUGCUCAGUCACACUGAGAAGUUGGCUAUGACAUAUGGACUGAUGAAAACAAAAGGUGGAUCACCUAUCAGGGUAGUUAAGAACACAAGAAUUUGUCAUGACUGUCAUACAGCAGCUAAGUACAUUUCUUUGGCUCGAAAUCGCGAGAUUUUCCUAGGGGCUGGCGGUCGUUUUCACCAUUUUAUGAAUGGAAAAUGCUCCUGUAAUGAUUGUUGGUAACAAGAAACAUAGGCAAAAGCAUGAAGCUUUUUCUUCUGUGUUUAUUAUGCUCUUCUGUGUAUCAACGGAGGGAGUGUGUUCAUGAAGGAAACAGAAUGCUAAAUUAAGUAAUGACCACGUUACUUGUGGGGAAUCAGACUCUUCUUGAUGUUUGAUACAUUGAAACACGCUUUCUGCAGAUCUCAAUCUACACCUGAAAUCUAUACUUUUUCUUCAAGUCACAGUAUGAAAAAGUUGGAACAGAUAUAUUACUGGGGGGCCAGCAUCACCAACAAUUUGGCUUAUCUUUCACUAAAAAAAAUAUUCAUGUUACUUGACAAAGGCAUCAUCAACCACUCUCUACAACAUCCACCUGAGAUGACAGUUUAGAGAUUUAUGCCACUUCUGCAACAUUGUACUUCUGGUUUCUGUUAGAGAGAUAUAAAAUAAUUAAUUUAGCCUUACUCAAUGUCUUAAGGUUUUGGGUUGAAGUGACGCUUAUCAUGGUAUCAGAGCUUCAGUGACUACGAGGUCACGAGUUCGAUCUUCAUCGCUCCAACUUUCAGGUGGAAUUAAGAAAAGCACAAGACAGACCAAAAAAAUGAGCUUGUGCAGCACAAGGCAGACUCAUAAUGACCUUGUGCCAUAUUCACGCUUCAAGUCCAAAGGACUCUUACGUGAAGGGGUGUGUUAGAAAGAUAUAAAAUAAUUAAUUUAGCACUCCUUCAACCCAAAAUCUUAAAGUAUUGAAUGAGGUUAAAUUAAUUAUUUUAUAUCUCUCUAAAAGUUUCACCGUCACCGUUGGCAGGAGUAGCAUCUAUUCUUCAAGGUGGCUUCAUCAGCAAAUGAAAAGUAAACUCAUGAUUGUCUAUAAAUUUUUUGUCAAAUUCUUGUCAACUAGCAAUCCAG